AUGGCUGCACCCAGCAGCGUUCAGGCCCCCGCCAAGCGCAGCCUUGAGGAACUCGCAUUUGACAACACCUUUGUGCGGGAGCUGCCCGCUGACCCUGAGGCAGGCAACUCGCUGCGUCAGGUGUUUGGCGCCCUGUAUUCUCGGGUAUCCCCGACACCCGCUGCUGGCGAGGCGCGCCUGGUUGCAUACAGCAAGGAGGUGGCAGAGCUGCUUGACCUGGACCCUUCAGAGUGCGAGAGGCCCGAAUUUGCGCUGCUCAUGGCCGGCGCAGCGCCACUGCCCGGCAGUGAGCCAUACGCCCAGUGCUAUGGUGGCCAUCAGUUCGGGCAGUGGGCCGGGCAGCUGGGUGACGGCCGCGCCAUCACCCUGGGCGAGGUGGUCAACUCACGCGGCCAGCGAUGGGAGCUGCAGCUCAAGGGCGCCGGGCGCACCCCCUACAGCCGCCGCGCCGACGGCCGCGCCGUGCUGCGCUCGAGCCUGCGGGAGUUUGUCUGCUCAGAGGCUAUGGCCGCCCUCGGGGUGCCCACCACGCGCGCCCUGAGCCUGGUCAACACGGGCGACAAGGUGAUGCGCGACAUGUUCUACAACGGCGACGUCAAGUUUGAGCCGGGGGCUGUUGUGUGCCGCGUCUCUCCGUCGUUUGUCCGCUUUGGCACCUUCCAGCUGCCCGUCUCGCGCGGCCCUGAGGAGCACGGCCUGGUGCGGCAGACCGCUGACUACGUGAUUCGCCACCACUUCCCCGACAUAGAAAAGGAGCAUGACGGGGAGGGCAAGUACCUGGCCUGGCUGAGGGAGGUGACGCUGCGCACUGCGCGGCUGGCGGCGGCGUGGCAGGGCGUCGGGUUUGUGCACGGCGUGCUCAACACCGACAACAUGAGCAUCCUGGGGGUCACCAUAGGUCUCACUGACUGGAUUUUGUGA